CUUGGGAACUUCUAGUUUCAUCCACAUUCUAAUCAGAGACCGUCCGAAUGGGACAGAACUAGCAUUUGAAGUUUGAUCCAACAGACUCAACGCUAUAGAAGGGCCUGACUAGGGUUUAUCUACACAAACAUUCACUGACCCACGUCUCACUCGCAUGUCAUAGCCUUUUGCGCAUCACGCGCAAACGGAAAUGUACUGAUGGGUUCUUUUUGCUGCAGUAUACUUAAAGACGGCGAUGACGACCAGCAGGAGAAGGCUGUAGAUGAACCUCCUCGUACACCAUUCGGUUUAUCUCACCUACGCUACAUACUUCACAAAAUGACCGGAAAUUUGGGUCGCGAAACAGAGCACCACCGCCCCAGCCCUGGGCGCGGGGCUCAGGUCGAACUCGACUUUCAAAAUCUCAUGAUGGUUCAUGCCAGCCCGGAAGAGCAAGCCGCGAAUGAUAUUGUACUACAGAAAAGACAAACCGACAACAAGCAGUUCUAUGGUGCUGAUGGACAACAAAAAUCGCAUAUUGCUACCGAUCAUUUUACUCGAAAUGUACACAUAAUCGAGCAAACUCAACUAUUGAAAGCUGCACGUCAUAUGCCUAAGGGCGCGCAUCUUCACCUACACUUUAACUCUACCCUUCUUCCAAGAUUUCUUUUGGAUAUAGCCAAAGAAAUGCCAAACAUGUACAUAUCGAGUCCUACCCACAAGCUACGGUCUAAAUCUGAUUUCGAUCAUUGUGAGAUCGUAUUCACGCUUCAGGAUUACAGGAAAAUACAAGGCAUGAAGGAGAAUCUCUCAUGUGAGGACGAAGAACCCCCAUGGUAUUCGUAUAAUGAAGAUGUACAUAAGGUGGACGUGGUGGGCCCCAAUCUAUUUGAGGAAAACUAUGAGCCGCGCGGACUGAUGCGCUAUGGAUAUUUCCGCGCUGAAUGGGAUGCUCAGCGAAAAAGUCGGAAAUAUAUGCGAGAUAAUGCAUCACAAUCCGAGAAGCAAUCGACAGCGGAUGAACUUGAGCUAUGGACCAUGGAUAUGGACUGCGAUGAAUGGCUUAUUAGCAAGCUUAUUUUUAGUCGACAGGAAAUCGACACGAUAUUUAACCCGCUGGAUAAGCCAUCAGAUCCGACGCUAAAGCCGGAGACAGAAGAAGAGAAAGAAGAGAGACAACGGAAAGCAGAAGAGGCGAAGUGGUCUAAGGAUAUUGAAUUAGACUUCCACAACAGCCCCUAUAGAGAUGUUCGCCAGAGAGCAACAAGAGCAUGGGAGAAAUUUAAUGGCCGCACCAGAAUGAUGAAAGGCCUAUUCAAUUAUGAAAAGGCAUUUAGAGCGUAUACUAGAAAAUGUCUAGAGGAAUUUGUCAAGGAAAAUGUCCAGUACGCCGAGAUCCGGCCAAAUUUUAUGAAGAGCAACCAAGUUCUCCGAGACAACGGAGCAGGGAGCUUCAACAACUUUGGUUUGAUGGAAAUCAUUGUCGAAGAGUAUGAGAAUUUCAUGAAAGACAUCGGCGACAUGGACGAGAAUGGGAAAAUCAAAGACAAUAGGAAGCUCGAUCCUCAAGGAAAUGCAAUUUGUUUGGAUAACAGCGAAAUUCCUCUUGGUAAUGGCCACAAGCCAUCCUUGGGAGGGAUGAAAGUUAUCUACUGCACACCACGAUCUUUCGCAAAACCCAUGGUGAAGGAAGCAUUAGGUGAAUGCAUACAAAUGAAAAAGAGAUGGCCGCAAUAUAUUGCCGGUUUCGACCUCGUAGGCGAAGAAGCUUAUGACAAGCGGUUCCCGCUGAGAUAUUUCGAAGAGGAAUUCAGACAAUUUCAGAAAGACUGUCGAACAGAACAGGUCGAGAUCCCUUUCCUGUUCCAUUGCGGCGAAACCCCAGAUGACAUCGAAGGCAAUCUUCAAUGCGCACUUGACCUUGACGCCAAGCGAAUCGGGCAUGGAUACGCGCUACCCGGAAAGCCAGAUAUUAUGAAGCAAAUGAAGGUCAAGAAUGUAUGUGUCGAGGCGUGCCCAAUAUCGAAUAUGGUCCUCGGACUAGUGGAGCAUAUGGACGAACACCGGAUAUACGAUCUACUUGCCCACGAAGUUCACUGUUCAUUGAAUAGUGACAACGGCACUUUAUUCGAGUCUACAUUGUCUCACGAUUUUUACGAAGUCAUGGUUGGAAACCAGAAUAUGAACCUGUUUGGCUGGCGUCAACUUGCGAAAUGGAGCAUAGAUCAUUCUUGCCUAAGCCCAAUCGAACGCGAGCGAAUUUUGGCAGAAUGGGAAAGACGGUGGACAGAAGAGUUUAUUCCCGAGCUACUUGGGAAGCCUACUCAACGCCCGACCAGGCUUGACAGGUUGGACGAAAUCGAGAAAAAUCGACAGAUAAGAGUGGCUGAGCACAAAGUGUAAAAACCUACAAUAGGUAAUGAUAGUGCUACGUCAUCUGUCAGGCAUUCACGAGGCGUUUCUGUUCGUCGGGGCUAGGUGCGGAGACGGGGUAUGAAGAUUUAUGAUUUUACGAAGUUACUAGAUACCUGAUAUGAUAUGGGCGUCGGUGGUAAGUAGUAGAGUCAUAGAAUACUAACCUAUCUACGUCUGGGAGUGUAAUGCUCGAGCUGAGUAUUCUUGGACCUGGGAGUAGGUACUUAAAAAUACACUGUUGUUUUUCUUAUUA